UCCGAGUUCGGAACAUUGAAAAAACUCUCCCAGAUGACAGUUCGAAAUGGGCAGCCAAAAGAUUGGGAUCGUGGGCAGCGGAUUGAUUGGCAGGGCGUGGGCGAUGCUCUUUGCAGCGGCUGGCUAUCGAGUCCAGCUGUACGACAUCCUGGAGAGCCAACUAUCCACCGCCCUGCAGGAAUUGGACAGGGAUCUGCACAGUCUGGAGGAGAAGGGUGCGCUGCGGGGAAAGUUGCGAGCCUCGGAGCAGUUUGCCCUCAUCGAGGUGACCACUCGACUGGAGGAGCUUACCCGAGAGGCAAUUCAUAUACAGGAAUGUGUUCCGGAGGUUCUGCAGCUGAAGAAGUCGCUGUACUCUCAGUUGGAUGAGCUGCUGGAGGAGCAGACAGUGGUGGCCAGUUCCACAAGCACCUUUAUGCCAUCGCUAUACAGCGAGGGACUCAAGAGGAGGCAACAGAUGCUUGUAGCCCAUCCCCUGAAUCCGCCCUACUUCAUACCCCUCGUGGAGAUUGUUCCCGCUCCCUGGACAACCUCAGAGGCCGUAGAAAAAACCCAUGACCUCAUGCUCACCAUAGGCCAGCGACCGGUGACCCUGAAGAAGGAGAUCCAGGGUUUUGCCACCAACCGCAUUCAGUAUGCCAUCCUGAACGAAGUGUGGCGUCUGGUGGCUUCUGAUAUACUCAGCGUGGCGGAUGUGGAUCGUGUGCUGAGUCAGGGAUUGGGAUUGCGAUAUGCCCUUCUGGGAUCCCUGGAGACAGCCCAUCUCAAUGCUCCCGGUGGCGUGUCGGAUUAUUUCCAGAGAUUCGGGGGCGAAAUCUCCGCCGUUAGUGCCACCUAUGGAGAGACCCCAAAUACUCGAGAGGAUCGGGAAACGCUGGCGGAGAUUGCGAGGCAGUGUGAGCAGCUGGUGCCCCUGGAAAAUCUGGAGGAGAGACGCGCCACUCGCGAUGAAUUCCUCACCCAGCUGGCCAAGCUAAAGAAGCAGUUUGAAUAGGAAAUUAAUUGCUGGGUUUGUUAGGUUCCUUGAAUAAACUGAGAAUCAACUUAA